AUGACCAGUGAACUUCAUGACAUAAACACAGAUGACACCAUUCCACCAGCUGAUGACACCAUACCACUGACUGAUGACCCCACACCACCAGCCGAUAACACCACAUCACUGACUGAUGGCCCCACACCACCAACCGAUAACACCACACCAUUGACUGAUGGCCCCACAUCACCAGCCGAUAACACCACACCACAGACUGAUGGCCCCACACCACCAACCGAUAACACCACACCAUUGACUGAUGACACCACUUCACCAACUGGUAACCCCAUGCCACCAAAAGAGGACAACAUGCCGCUAACCAACAAAGUGUCAAAUGCCAAGAAAAAAACAUCUCAAAGAGCUGAUUAUUGGCAGCAAGUGAUCAACAAUUUGAAAGGCUUGGAAGAUCCUUCUUUCAAAGACACAAUGAAUAGGCGGUCUGUUCAAGAUAGAUAUGCUUUGCUCUGCAAGAAGCAUCGUACCAGGCUCUCUUUUGAAAAGAGGGCUUCAGGAAUAUCACCAGAGGUUACAGAGCUCGACCUGCUCAUUGAGGAAGCAAUGGAGAAAGAAAAGACUUCUGAAGAGACAAGGGUGAAAGAAGGUGAAGAGCAGGCAAAGAAAUUGAUGGAGGAUAAAGAGAAUGCCAUUGAUGUCCGGAAGAAAGCUAUGGAGACAUUAGGGGAAACCAGAAGAAGGAAAAUCGAGGACGAAGAAAUGGAAGAAAAGAAAGUGAAAAAGAGAAGAUCAGGAAAUGAAACGAUGGAGUUUUUGAGGAAGCAAUCAGACAGAGAUCAGAAGAUGAAAGAGAAAGAGAUGGAGCUGGAAAGAGAAAGGUUAGAUGCAGAGGAAACAAAGCACAAUGACUUCAAGGAGAUGAUGGCCCAACAGAUGGCAAUACAGCAGCAAAAUAUGAACCAAUUUAGCAUGAUGAUGGUUCAACAAAAUAAUCUCAUUUUAAAUAUUAUAGAAAAAAUGUCAGACCGUUAA